UCCUCAGAGUAGCUCUUCUGGCCCUAUUUAACACGGGAAGUCGCUCACCCCCACCGAGAACCCCUAGUGCAUCUCCUAUUUUUCUUACACAACUGCCACAAUGUCGGAAGCCUACGAGCGCGAGCGACAGAACGAUUCCCGCCUCGAUGAACUAGCCUCCAAAGUCACCGCCCUCCGUGGCGUAACAAUAGACAUCUACGACAACGCGCGAGACCAGCAUGUUAUCGACUCCACCUCUGAGACCUUCUCGACCUUCACAACGACCCUAAAAGGUAGCGCAACCCGCCUAGGUAGAAUGGCACAGUCUGGAAAUAAAGUCGCGAUAUUCAAGCUUGCGGGGAUGAUUGUUGCGGCCAUACUUAUCUUGUAUUGGCUCUGGCACUUGAUGUUCUAAGGGUUGGGAGGGGCGCUGCCAUGUCACACA